UUUACCAUAACCUAAGAUUUUAGUAAAAAUUAAUGAUUUAUCCCGAUAUUUAGUCAUUAUAAAAACGAAAUGAAUAAUUUUACAGAAAAACUAACGUAUUUCUUUCGAAAAAAGUCUGUUCGUUACGCAAUUCCAUUUUUAACGUUAGUUGUCGGUGGGUCUUUUGGUUUAAAGGAAUUUUCACGACUCAGGUAUGAUUUCUCUCGCGUAAAUCCAGUGAGAGAAGAAGCCCAGAAAGUAGGUAUAGAAAUGAAGAAACCUUCUGAAAUAACUAUAGAAAAGGAAUACGAACGAUUAAAAGAGCUCGAUAUAGAUAAUUGGGAACAAAUAAGGGGGCCUAGACCAUGGGAGGAAAAUUUUGAGGAAGAUGAAGAAAAUUAAAAAUAUAUAAAACAAAAAAUCUGUGAUAAUUUUGUUUAAAAAAAUA